UUCCAAACAUUUGAAUGUCGCAUACAGGCACAUGUGUACGGAGGUUGUUCAGAGAGCCCGCAGCACUGCCUCGUUCGUGACACGACACCUGGGCAGCUCAUACAAAUGCAGAAAUCUCAAAGAUUUCCUACCAUAUUUCCCUCACACUCGUACAUUCGAUGAUCAAUCUAUAGGCGGAGAUUAUUGUUGCUGCGGAACAAUAGGGAGUCACGUGAUUUAGCGGCAUUCCGCGCUGAUGCUGGAGAGCUCACUAGCGCAUUCACCUUCAUGUUCACCUUUGACCGUCCCGACUUUCUCUUAUAAAGACAAAGCCGGCCCCCGCAUCGCCCGUCGACCUUUCUCUACCCUUCCUCUCCUUCAAUUCUCUCCCAACUGCGCUCUGCCCAGGUACUUUGCCAGCGUCCUGAGUAAGCACAUACUGCACGCAUCUGCGACGCCCGCGCGCCUGCACCCCCGACCAACGCCGCUCGAUCAUUGUCCACGUUAAACCUCGACAACCGCCCACCAUGUCUGGCUACGGCUCCGAGUCGGACGAGGACAAUUUCAAUCCUGCGACUCAAAUUGACGAAGAUGAUGUGGCCGAGACCGAAGUGACGAGGUCCAGGCCUACCGCGAUCGCUGACGAUGAAGACGAGACCGCCGCCGAUGGCCAGCAAUCCGACAACGAGGAAAACGAAGAAGAGAACGAUGACGAGGAUGACGAGGACGAUGAAGAUGAGGAUGACGAGGAUGAAGUGGUGGCGCGACCGGCCAAGCGGCGAAAGAAGAAGAGGAACAUGUUCAUUGAUGUCGAAGCCGAAGUCGACGAAGACGAGGAAGAGGAAGAUGACGACGAGAUCGAUACCUACCACAACGAAGUGCAUCCCGAUGACGAGCUGGAACCCGCAGCCGCUGAUCUCGACGACCGCCGCCAUCGCGAGCUGGAUAUGCAGCGCCAACUUCACGCCGAUAAAGAUGCCGAGCAGCUUGCCAAAGAGCUUGACGAGAAAUACAGACGCCGCGAACAACAGAACAUGCGCCGGUCAGCGUUAGGUGCUGUACACAUUCCCGCACCUUCAGUCAACGAUCCAAAUAUCUGGGGUGUCAAAGUCCGACCUGGAAAGGAGCGCGAAGUCAUCAUGGCCAUCCAAAAGCGCGUGGACGACGCCGUGCGAUCGAAUCAGCGACCGAAGAUAUUCGCGGCCUUUGAACGCGGAGGCACGAUGACUGGAUACAUCUACCUUGAGGCCGAUGCGAAACAAGACAUGAUUGAGCUCAUCGAGAACAUCCCCAACGUCUUCAUGGGCAGUGGUCAAAUCUCCAUCGAGGUCAAAGAGCGCCAAGAUCUUCUCCGCAAACGCAGGCGACAGCCGCUCGAGGAAGGCAAAUUCGUGCGAAUGAUCCGCCCUGCUCUCUACAAAGGUGAUCUGGCCAAAGUCGUCGAAGUUCACCAGAACGGCUUGGACUGCACAGUGCAGCUUGUCCCUCGACUUGAUUAUGGGUUGGGCGAGGAUGCCAACGCUGCCACGGUCGCCAAGCGCAAGCGAGGUGCUUUUGGUCGUAACGUAGAGCGACCCCCUCAGAAGCUAUUCAACGAGAGCGAGGCGCGCAAGAAGCACAUGAAGUUUUUGGGUCAAGUUGGUGCCGGUAACCAGCGCGCAUUCACCUACAAAGGCGAUGACUAUCAGAACGGAUUCCUCCUUAAAGAAGUCAAGGUCAACUACAUCACCGCCGACAAUGUCAAUCCCAAGAUGGAGGAAAUGCAGUUCUUCUCCGUCACUGCAGCCGAUGGAACAGAGACGCUGGAUCUCAUCGCAGUUCAGGCUGCUCAAAAAGCUGCCAUGUCUGGCGCUGCGUUUGUCAACGGCGACAGUGUCGAGAUCUACGAGGGUGAACAAAAGGGUCUUCGUGGUACUACGGUCACAGUCACUGGCGAUAUCGUCACAAUCAAGGUCACCGAAGGCGAGCUUCGCGGUCGCCGGAUCGAUGCUCCUGUCCGGACUCUCAGGAAACUGUUCCGCGAUGGUGACCACGUCAAGGUCAUUGGCGGCAGCAAGUACAUUGAUGAAGUCGGUUUGAUUACUCGGAUCAAAGAUGACAAGGUCACGCUGCUCUGUGAUUCCACCCAGGUUGAAAUCACUGUGUUCAGCAAAGACCUGAAACGGGCUGCCGAUUCGGCCACUCUCGGCGAUGAUUCAAAAUACAACCUCUACGACCUGGUACAGAUUGAUGCUUCCACCAUUGGGUGUGUCACCAAAGUCGACCGCGAAGUGCUCAGGGUUCUAGACCAGAAUGGCAAUGUUCGAACGCUGUUGCACACUCAGGUUUCGGAUCAUGCUACCCAAAAUCGGCAUGCUGUCGCAACCGACCGAGAUGGUUCCGAGAUCCGAAAGGACGAUACCGUCAAGGAGCAUGGCGGCGAGAACCGUCAAGGAAAGGUUCACUACAUCCAUCGUGGCUCGCUGUUUGUCACCAACCGGGAGCUUCUCGAGAACGCCGGCGUCUUCGUUGUCCGUAGCGCCAACGUUGUCACCAUGGCGGCCAAGAGUGGUAGAACCCAAGCCGCAGGUCCUGAUCUCAGCGGCAUGAAUCCAGCUUUACAGAACAACGGCGGCGCCAUGGCACCACCCUCUCGACCACAAUUCGGGCGGGACAGACUCAUUGGCAAGACUGUCACUAUCAGGAGGGGUGUCUACAAGGGUCUUCUUGGUAUCGUCAAAGACACGAUGAACGACGAGGCUCGUAUCGAGCUUCACACCAAGAACAAGCAAGUCACAGUCAAGAAGGAUAUCUUGACUAUCAAGGACCCUCUCACCGGUAAUACCAUUGAAUCGGGCAGCGGCAGAUUUCCCAAUCGCCCUAGGGGAGGAUAUGGAGGGGCCACCCCCGGACAAAACAGUGGGCGAACGCCGGCUUGGGGCAACUCGUCUCGCAACGGCCCAUCGUGGGGCGGCGCGACACCUUCUGGUGGAGGUCGCACACCUGGAUGGGGUGGUGGAGGUGGCGGCCGCACUCCCGCAUGGGGCGGUGGCGAUGGAUCACGAACUGCAUAUGGCGGUGCCACUUCUUAUGGUGGUGCUACUGCUUAUGGAGGCGACGGAUCACGCACUUCGUAUGGGGGCGGCGGGAACACAGCAUACGGUGGUGCCACGGCUUACGGAGGUAACGACGGGUCGAGGACUGCCUAUGGCGGUUUCAACUCUGGUUCGCGCACUCCCGCUUGGGGAGCAGCCGCUACAAGCACAUCGACAAGCUCGAAAUCCAAUCUCUCAGCCCCAACCCCUGGAGCCUACAACGCGCCGACUCCCGCUGGAUAUUCGGCUCCCACACCCGCAGGCUAUGGCGCUUACUCUGCACCUACCCCCGGCGGACCCCCGAUGGAUGCUCCAACUCCUGGAAAUUUCACAGCGCCUACACCUGGUGGAUAUGAUGGGGCACCCACGCCAGCUGCAGCGCCUACGCCCGGCGCAUGGGCAGAGACACCCGGCAUGGAUGGCUAUGAUUGA